AGGGAAAGUGUGCAUUUUGUAUUAAGGCUUUUUGGUGUUCUCCGUUUUUGCAGAAUGCAACCCAACGGGGGAUCGUACAGCCCGGCAGCUUUGGGAACGAUGGGGGCCAUGUACUACCUGCACCAGCACGCCCAACAGAUGUACCCGAACCAUCCCCCCUCCGUGCCCGCACUGACCUUCGCUGAACGCCUCGCUGAUUUCAUACUUGAGGCCCGCUAUGGCGCCCACAGGAAGCAACGGCGCAGCCGCACUGCGUUCACCAAUCAGCAACUCGCCGCACUGGAGAAAACAUUUGCCAAGACACAUUACCCGGAUGUAGUCAUGAGGGAGAGGCUGGCCAUGUGCACGAAUCUGCCGGAAGCCAGAAUACAGGUCUGGUUCAAAAACCGCCGGGCCAAAUUUCGCAAACAGCAACGCUGCAAGUCCUCGCCAGGCGACAAGAACGGGGAAGCCGAAGGUAAAGAAGGAGCCAAGGAGCAAAAGUGCGAUGAAGACGGUGCCACUACCACCACGGCCGAGUGCCAGAUUGUAAGGGCCGACGACGCGCUGAACGGUACCACCGCUGCCGCCCGCUCGCCUGGUCAUACCGCGGAGGGCGGGAAGUCCGAGGAAGAAGAAAACAUCCCGUCCUCGAGCUCCAAGGAGCGGGCACAAGAUGCCGACGGAAGCCCUCCUGGAGAAAGAGGGAGCUCCUUGGAAGAGUUGGUGGUAGGUGGAGACAAGGACUCCGAAGACGAAGAUGAAGAUGAAGGUGAAAAUGAUGAGGACGUUGUGGUUGAUGAGGACAAGGAAGAGAUUGAAGAUGUCAAGGAUAACAGGAGUGAUGUGGAAUCCAUCGAUUCCAAGUCCAACCAAGAAGGAGGAACUGAAGAGGAAAGAAAGGUUGAAGUAACCUCAGAUGACGGUCUGAGAGCAUCGCCCGUCAGGAGUCUCAGCGAAUCCAGUGAGGGCAGCUGGCUGAUUGACUCUUUAAGAGGUGCAGCUCUGAGGGUAGGGGCAGGGCCAGUCCACGGCCUCCCCCACCACCUGAUGGAAGCGGCCUGCCGCAACUCCGGUAACCCCCACCAGCACCUGAUGGCUCCCCACCUCCAGCCCAGCCCCUUGGAUCUCCUGUGUCUCAUGCAGAGGCAGGCUGGAGGGCCGGGCCACCACGCCGGUCUGCCCGGGCCCGGGGGCAUGUUCCGCCCGCCCGUGGCCGCCUUCCAGCCCGGGCCCUUCCUCCGGAUGGACCACCCGGCGGGACUGCUCCCCGGGUUUCUCCCGUCCGUGUCUCUACCACCAAACUGCACCUGGAAUCGGAUGAGGUUCGUGCACGGGAUGGGCUCACCACCACCACCAGCACCGCCGGGCCCUCCCCAUCCACCCCCGCCUGCUGCUGCUGCUGCCGCCGCCGCGGCUGCCGCUGCUUCGGCUGCCGGAAGCGUUCAGGAAGGUACCGGACAGUGCAGCUCUAGCAUCGAGAGUUUACGCAUGAGGGCCAGACAACAUGCAGCAGCUAUAGGGUUUAACCACAUGUGCUGAUGAGAUUAUAAUAUAGUUUUGAAAGACUUUCAGUGACGGGUCUACAAGUAGAGUUGUUACCAUAUCCCUAUAAGUCAUCAGAAAUCACCAUAAGUCGUCACAAGUCAUAGUCAUAACAGGUGAAAGUCAUCACAAAUCACUAUAAGUCAUCACAAGUCGCCAUAAGACAUGACAAGUCCCUAUAAGUCAUCACGAGUCAAAGUCGUCACAAGACACCAUAAGUCAUCACAAUUCAAAGUCGUUACAAGUCACCAUAAGUCAUCACAAGUCAAAG